CAACGCAACCAUCUUGCCUCCAGAGUACAUUAUAUUUUUUUGGCGUCGUCUUCGUCCAGCGAGGGUGUUCAUCGAAAUAUUAAAGCGGAGAAUAGGAAUCCGGAAUAGAUUAACGUUCUAUUCGCAACAAUGAGAGACUCGGCGGCACAAGCGAGUCCGGCGGCGGCGCCAGCGGCCACGCAGAAGUGGAUCGUUUGCCGGGUUUGCCUGCAGCAGCCUAAGGAGCCCAUGGCCAGCAUUUUUCACGACGACGCGGAGAAGGACCUGACCAACAUGAUCCGGGAGUGCGGCGGAGUGCCCAUCAAGCAGUUCGACCACUAUCCAGACAAGAUUUGCGAGAAGUGCUUCAGGGUGCUGAAAAUGGCUUUCAAGUUCCGGGAGACCUGCCAGCGAUCCUACGGUCACCUGCGGCAGUUUGUGGGUCCCGUGGAGGUGGAGCAGCGAACGCCGGAGAAGAAGAGUGAAGAGCAAGCCCCCAAAUUGGAGCAGGAGUCCGAGGAGACGGAGCAAGAGCAGGAACACGAGGAGGAAGAAGAGGAGGAGGACCUGGACGAGAGUCAAUACACUGAGGCCGAGGCGGACGAAUCCGCGGAGGCUCAGGGCGGCGUCUUUAACGACGAACUCGAGGAGGGCAUCCUCGUGGAAUUGGAAAAGGAUCGAAUUGUACAUGUGAAGAGUGAACAGGUGGAGGAGGACGGCAUCAUCGAGGAGGUUUACGACGUGUACGAGACCUACGAGGGCGAUAUCAUCACAGAGCAGGGCACCUACGACCAGGAAGUGGCUGAUCAGUCGCUCUCCGAGCUGUCAGCGGACAUCGAGUACUUGGACCAGGUCGAUCAGGAUCAGUUGACCGAAAGUGCCCACGAAGACGAGGUGGAAGGCGACAUGAACUCAACCGAGGAGGAGUUCGUCCCCACCAAAAGUAUUCUAGCCUCCCUCAAUGCCCGAGGCGGCAAUAAGCGGAGAGCCAAUCCCCGCAGGGCAGCCGCGUCCGCAUCCUCAGCACCGGUGCCUGCAGCAUCGGGCACCGGCUCCUCAAAGACCGCCGCUCGCGGCAAUCCGCUUAAAGUGCGGCGGGGCAACAGUAAUGCGGCUGCCACCAAGAUCGUCAUCAACUCCGAAGAGGGCGUCUCCAUCGGAGAGGUGCUGGCGCGGAAGCACGCCGGCAUCAAAACCAAGGGCGGUCACAAGAUCCUCGUCGGUGACAAGAAGGAGUUCAAGUACAUCUGCGACGUCUGCGGCAACAUGUAUCCCUCGCAGAGUCGUCUCACCGAGCACAUCAAGGUUCACUCCGGCGUGAAGCCGCACGAGUGCGAGAUCUGUGGUCACUGUUUUGCACAGGCUCAGCAACUAGCGCGUCACAUGAACACCCACACUGGAAAUCGACCGUACAAGUGCAGCUACUGCCCGGCAGCCUUUGCGGAUCUGUCCACCCGCAACAAGCACCACAGGAUCCACACAAAUGAGCGUCCCUAUGAGUGCGAUGUUUGCCACAAGACAUUUACCUACACCAACACAUUGAAGUUCCACAAGAUGAUUCAUACGGGAGAGAAGCCGCAUGUUUGCGAAGUGUGCGGCAAGGGCUUCCCGCAGGCGUACAAGCUGCGCAACCACCGGAUAAUCCACGAGCGACGCGGUCAAUCCGCCCGGGAAUCCGUCAGCGGGCUGAUGCCAUACGAUACGGCCAAUAUUGUGGGCCUGGAGAUUUAAAUUUCGAGCGAGGACUCCUCGUCGUUCCAAAGCGACAUUUUAAAUAUUAAACAGACACACUCGUGUAAUUACACAUCUAA